AUGUUUGAUGAUCCGACUAAAACACAAGUACCACAAGUACCACAAGAUCAAUCAACUCAAGUUUCCCAGGCCCAACCUACACAACUGAAACAGUCUGAAUUAUUUAUCGAAACCACUUCCAAUGCCGACGUUUUUCCUACUUCGGGUAGUGUUAUUAGAUUUAUAGAUUAUACAGUUUUUGUUUUAAUCGGAGCCAAAAAGCCUUUAGAUCAACUGACACAGACUACGUCCACGAUUUUGAAUAAAGAAAAGUGUACUUGUGCGAUACAUAAAUUACUGAACUGUGCAAAAAACAACGAUGAUGUUGAAUCAUGUUCCGAAUUGGUUGAGAUUAUUGCACGGUGUAGGAAAGCGUAUGGCCGUGAUAGUGUCUAA